CUUGCUAUUUUCAUUUGAACAGUUGUUAUCUGCAUCUGAUCCACAGCAGAGAGCUUGUGGAUGCAGUUUGAGAAUGGUGGAGCACUUUUUUCUCAUAGACUUAAGAAUGAAAACGUAUGAUAAUGUGCCUCAAAAGUUUAUAGAGCUUUGUACAUUAAGCCACCAAUCUCAGAAAAGGCAAGUAAAUGGAAAGUAUUUUAACAUAAUUGUUUAUUCAUAUUAAUAGUUUUGUCAUUUAAAGACCACAAUAAGUUUAGAAAAAUCAUCUUGCUUCUGCAAAAUGAAAAUAUUGUGGAAAUAAUUGUUUUAAUGGCUCAAAACAACAAAUAGAUUCAUAGAACAGCAAAUUACACAUUGUUGUGUAAUUUGCAUACAUAAGAAAGUUGAUACAGAAGCUUCCUACUGUAAUACUUUAUACAUUUUUAAUAUUGUUAAGCUAAGUACAUAGCAACUUGUCAAUAAUAUAGUAGUUUCAAAACCAAAAAUAUAAUAAUAAGCCAAUUACAUUGUAGGGCCUUUUGUAGUGAUAUAGGUUUACUGGAGCUGAUAUAAAAGUAACUACAUUUCUUUUAAGUAGAUAAUUUGUAAUUAAAACUGUUGGAAUAUUUUGCUAAUCAAAAUUGUGACCAAGGAGUUUAAUAUUUAUUUAUCAAGAGUAAGUAAUGUAGCACUAUCUCCAAAUACUAUUGGUUGUUAUAGUAUUUUUUUUUGUAAUAGCUCUUACAACAGAUAAUUAGCAUUAUCUGUUCAAUAUCUACAAAUAUGCAUGAUUGUAGAGUUUUUUAAACAGCUGCCUUGAAACAAGUUUGCAUGUUGUAUGUGUAAAGUUUAUCAUUUCCACACAGAUCAGUGGCAGGUCAUUGCUAUUCUAAUCAAAAUGGUGAUAAUAAAAAAGUUACGCUCUUUUCUACAAGAAACAAAAUAACAAAUGGGUCAUGUAUUUUGAUUCCCAAAGUUUGAUUGGACCUCUUCCUAUUUAGAAGCUUAGCAUUUUUAGUUACAUAUAUAAUCCAGUCAUUUUUGGGAGAGGUUUUAACAGUUUUAGCCCUUUCUUCCAAAGGUCUCAAACUUUCUGUUCAAUCCUAGCUGACUGCACAUAUUUGGCAGGUCCAGGUCCAAUGAAAAAAUAACCAAGUGCUCAUUUUGACUCUUCUUCUCUGCUAUUUUAACUGACACAGCAACCUGACAAAUUAACAUACUUGAGAAAUAGUUAUGAUUUUUAUUUGGUUUUUAUAAAGUGAUUACCAUUUACUCUAAGUUACCAUAAUACUGUCACUGCAGCAGUCUAUGAUGCUUAAAGUACUUCAGCUCAAACAUUUUUACUUAAAAUGUGAUUUCAAAGGGUAGAGAUAUUCAACUCCCUAAAAAUUUUAGAUGCAUCUCUCCAACACAACUGAAUCAAAAAGUCAGGUAAAUAGCAAGACCCUGGAAAACUUGACUACACGGAGGAGGUUAGUUGACCGUUUAAUUGACAUGUGUGGGACCAGCGACACGUCCAAAAUUUGGACACUUGCUCUAGAGGCCUAGAGAUGAAGACAAAGAAUAAAUGAGAUUGCAUGACACUUCUAAUAAAAUGUAUGUAUCUGCCGUUUUCUUUCUAUUCAAGGAUGGUGUCCCCUGCUAUUGCUUUGGCCUUUGUUCCCCUUCUGCUGACACUGAUAAUCAAGUACCGCUACUACUUUGUGCUGUUCUAUCGGGCGGUUCUGGUUAGGAUUUGGAAGGACUGUGUAACUGGUUUGAGCCGAGAAGAGCGUGCAUUCCAGUAUGUUCUGACUAACUCCACACCUGGGGACCCAGACAGCAUCCUGGACGCUUUUGAUUACUGGUGCAGCAAAGUGGAGUUCAUCAGCAACAUUGGCCCUAAAAAAGGUAAGAUCCUGGACCGCCUUCUGUUGGAGCAAAGCCCUUUAACAGUGCUGGAACUGGGAGCUCAUUGUGGCUACAGCACCGUGAGAAUCGCCCGGGCUCUUCCUCUUGGGGCCCGACUCUACAGCAUCGAGAUGGAUCAAGGGAAUGCAGCUAUUGCUGAGAAAAUCAUCCGUCUGGCAGGUUUUGACGAUGACACGGUGAGAGAGCAGGAAAUGGUCACACUCACAAAAUCCCCCUUAAUGCAAACUUUUUGUUCUGUCAUCUCUUUGUUUCUUCAGGUGGAGCUCAUUGUGAAUCCAUCUGAUGAAGUAAUACCUCGGCUGCGGUCCGACUACAACCUGGAGAGGCUGGACUUUGUCUUCAUGGAUCACUGGAAGAAAUGCUACCUGCCUGACCUACAGUUACUGGAGGAAUAUGGUCUGCUGGGAAAAGGGUCUAUGAUUGUGGCUGACAACAUGCUGUUUCCUGGGGCUCCGAAGUUUCUCCGAUACCUCCGGAAGUGCGGCUUGUAUGAAUGGAAGAUCCACCGAGCCAUGCUGGAAUACAGCAGGGGCAUCAGGGAUGGGAUGGCUGAGCUGAUCUACCAAGGAAUUAAAUAAGAAACCUUUACUAUUGAGAUACAUGUCAAUAAUGACAGAGAAUAAUUUUAUAGCAAUUUUGUUAAGAAAACUGUGACAAAGUAAAAAUUAUCUAAUUUUAAACUAACAUUUCGUCACAGAGUGUAUUAUUGGAAUUGUGCGUGACAGAAAGUAGCAACUGAUGGACAAAAAGUGAUUAGUGGUUCUAAAACGUUUAAAAAUUUUAUCUCAAAAUUGAGUUGUGCCAUUGCGUUCAGCCAUAUUUACUCUCAUAAUUUGAAAUAAAAUACAGUGCAAGCAAAUGUCUGAAGGGGUAACCUAGGCUAGUAGCUAAAAGAAGGGACCAGUAGAAACCAUGCUUAUGGGACACAGACAAAAUGUCGAAGAAGAUGCCCUGGUCAGACGAGGCUAAAAUUCUUCUUAAUAGCAUAGAUGCAAAACUAACUUGACCACCAUAUUCACAGGAAGACAUGGUAGUGCCAGCAUCAUGCUGUGGGAAAUCGUUUUGACAGGGAAUGAAUUAGGCCAAACACAAUGCUUCCAGGACAAUCCUGGAAGGAACUCUUUUUUGUCAAAAGACUUUGACGAUGUGACAUAGCUUCACCUGCCAAUAGGAGACUGACCAUAAAUAUGAUGCUGGAGUUACAAAGAAAUUGUUUGUAUCAAAGCAUUUCUGUAAGUUGAAACUUUAAUCCAACUUAAAUACUUUAAAAAAGGCAAAGUAGUUUUUCUAGGUAAAUGAGGAAGGCAUUCUAUUUUUAUACCUAAGAUUUUAUAAAAGCUGUAAAACAGAAUUAAUAAGUAAAGCUUUCUGUAUCCACCCAAAUACUCCCCAAUGAGCAACGAGUCGUUGGGAAGUCAGUGCCUAAUUGGGAAAUUAGAUUUCAAUCUGUCAAUCAUAUUUUCAUGAUACAAGUGUAAACUGUAGAAAAUUAUUUUGACUUAACUUUAGAAUUAAAAUCAGGAUUGAAAAUACUGAUCAGAGAUAAAAUAAAUAAAAUCUUUCAAACAUCGUGAGUUGCAAAUGUUACUUAAAUGCACUUUGACAUCAGAGCUCCUGUAAAACUUAAGUUCACUGGCCCAGCUCCAGAAAAUAAACAUCGAAAUAAAUAAAGUUACUGUUGGACUCUUACCAGAGAAGUACAAUUAAUUUUUUUUCCAGCCUUUAAACAGUAUUUGCAUUAUUCUGACCCAAUAUUAGACAUUUUUAACAUUUAUCCCAAUAAACAACAAUAAAGCACUAAUAAAAUAUGUAGCUGUUUAAUUUAUAGCAAAUAAACAAAAUCAAAAAUACAAAUAGAACAAAAAUAAUCUCUCAAAAACUGAAUCUUUGUGGUGACCUGUAACUGAGACCUGUAACUUUAAUCAGAGCAUUUGUUCCCAGCUGCAAACCAUGAAGAUAAGAGAGCUGACAGGCAGAGGCAUUUUAACACAUUACUAUUUUACAAUGCUUU